AUGGCAACACCGCCGCAAGUCAGCCCAUGCCCAUUCCCAGCUCAACCUCCGGCGACAGCCUCGCCCGAGGUCGACGCCGCCGCGGGGGAGUUGGAGUCCGCCGACGAGCGGCGCCUCCGGCGGAGGAUCUCGAACCGGGAGUCGGCGCGGCGGUCCCGCGCGCGGAAGCAGCGCCGCCUCGACGAGCUCCGCGACACCGCCGAGCUCCUGGAGCGCAGGAAGCGCGAGCUGGCGGCCGGCGCGCAGGCCGCUCGCGAAUGCCUGGCCCUCGCCCUGCUCGCCAACGCAGGGCUGCGGGCCGAGGUCGCCGCGCUGUCCAGCCGCCUCGCGGCCGCGGGCCGCGCGCUCGACCUCGGUCGCCUGUACGACGCCGCGGCCGACGUCGCCACCGGCAGCGUCUGGCACGUGGACAUUGAGCAGACGAUCGCCUCGCUGAUCGCGUGGCGCGAGGAAUCGAUGCAGGCAUGCAGGUAG